GUAUCUUCAACACAUAAUCCUCUUGGUGAAGUUGCGAGAGUAUGUAACAACAGUAAAGUUAAUCGCGAACUGCACCAGGAAGGCAGUGGCCCAAGCGGUUUGAGUACAAAAGCUAUUAACAAGACAGAUAAACUUUAAGAGAAUGACACAUACAAUUAUGUGUCAAAGGAAUUAUGUUACAGAAAAGAGCUCCAAAGAUGACUGAAUAUUGUGACAUUACGAUCCCUUUCUGAACUUCACACAUGGCCGGACAGCAAAACGUUACGCUUGCUGAAUUCUACUGGAUACAAUAACAGUUUUAUGUAUUCUAAAAGUACUGUGAAACAAAGUCAGACACUGAAAAGGACCACUCCUGACCAAAAGAAAUUGGACACUUUGAAAGCUGUGAAAUAGAAAGGGCAGGGGCACCAUCAUUCUGUGAAGGUGUUUUUGUUCGUGUACAAGUUAACCUCCAGUGGCAUUUAAAAUUAUUUAUGCAUUGUUUGUUCAUCAGAUUCAUUGUAAAACACUGCCAUUCUUCCUUUUUUUUACACUUCAAGACCCCUCCCCCAGUAAACAUUCUUGCACAGGUGUACAUCUGAGAACAGACUGUAAAAAUCUGAGAGUGCAGUGGAAGCUGCAUCGCGCUUGCAUGCAUUUACACCUCUCACACAACCCACACAAUCCUUUUAUCUCCUCUCCUGAUACUUGCAUUAAUUUCAUUUUUGUCUUUUUCUAUUUUUUUAUUGAUGUUGUCUUCACCUUUAAUAUACUGUAACUUGCUUACUUUCCUAUCGCUAAACUAUUGAAUUUGCCCCAGCCGCACUACUGGCGAAUUGUCAAUAGCUACUAUUCUCACCCGGCCUAAAUGGACAUCCCAGCAGCUCUCCCUUUGCCCGCCAACACUACCAUACCCUCACCCUCUCCCCUCCAUCCAGCCAUCGCCCCAUCUGUGAAGCAGGGGGUCACCAUCCUGUAUACCUGCCUGUACGGCUGCCUCUUCCUGGUGGUGUAUGUUCAGCUGUGGCUCCUGCUGGUGUACAGGCACAAGCGCUGGAGCUACCAGAGCGUUUUCCUCUUCCUGUGUCUGUUCUGGGCCGCUCUUCGCACCACACUCUUCUCUUUCUACUUUCACGAUGCCCUGGGGGCCAACCACCUGCCCAUGCUGGCCUACUGGCUCCUCUACUGCUUCCCGGUGUGCCUGCAGUUCUUCACCCUCAGCCUCAUCAACCUUUACUUCACCCAGGUGUUGUUCAAAGUGAGGGGAAAAUUCAACUCAGAGCCAAGCAAAGGACUGUGUGUGGCUCGCUGUGCGUACGCUGUGAUGAGUGCCGUGUUCCUCUGUGUGAACAUGGCAUGCGCAUUUUUGAGGCAGAGAGGGGGAGGAGGAGAUCAGGCCUGGAGACUCGUUCUGAUCCGAGUGCUGGUCAACGACCUGCUCUUUAUCAUUGAAGCUGUGGCCCUGGCCUCUUCGCUCCUACUCCUCACCCGGCUCGCACCCUCCACCGGCCCAUACCUGCACAGCAAGGGUACGACAGUGUGCCGAACUGCAGUGCUUGGGGCAGGUGUAAUUCUGCUGUUCUCCAGUAGGGCGUGCUACAACCUCUUUGUCCUGGUUCUCUCCCAGAGCCACAGGGUGGAGUCCUUUGAUUAUGACUGGUACAACAUCUCUGAUCAGGCUGACCUGCGUAGUGAACUGGGUGACAGGGGCUACUUGGCGUUUGGAGUCAUUCUCUUUGUGUGGGAGCUGCUACCCACCAGCCUACUCAUUCUCAUCUUCAGAGUCCGACGGCCCCCUCAGGAAACGGGCUGCAGCUGCAAUGCAGUGAUAAACAGUCGCAGUCAUCGCUCUUACUUCUUUGACGAUCCCCGGGGGAUGGACAGUGACCUGGGUAUCACCUGGGCCCAGAGCGCAAACCCACACAACAGCUGGUUCGGUCCCGGUGAAACUGAACCCCUUCUCUUCACAAGGAAUACUGACACAGCCAAUCAGCACCACACCCUCUACUCAACCCCCCAGAAUUGACCAACCAAAGGGUGGUAGCCCACAAUAUGACCACUAUUUAUUCUUCAUUCCAUGGAGGGGACAAAUAGGAGUUUGCACCCUGCCUCUCGAGGUGACCACUGAAAGACACUGUUUGCACUCCACCUUAAAUGCCGACUUGUACACAAUCUCCGUCAGUGGAGAUGCCUGUUUUCAACAGCAGCAUUAUGUGACCUCCAUAGAUUCUAUAUGAAUCAGUUUGGGUGUAUGGGACAUGUGGGCAUAUGAUGUACAGGGCAGCCAAGAGAACUGCCCAAAAAGUGACUGCCCAGUGAUGUUCCUCAUGCUUGACUAGACUUAUUUUUGACAGUGUCUUUUAGAAACAAAGAAUCCAUUUUUACAGGUUCAAAAGCGAUUCAGUUUAUGUAAAUAUUGUUGAGCCAAAAGUUCUAGAGGCAGUACUUUUGUAAGGUUUUUGUCUUCUAAAUGCUGACAAGCUGGUUAAACCAUUUAACUCCACGCCUGCAACAGCUGCCAAUUUAACGGCCCGACAAAGGUGAUUUCACUGGCAAAAAAUAGUCUUUACCUUUUAGUUAGGCUCCUUCGUGAAGUCAGAUAAACGUAAGCUUUGUUUAUUUCAUCUCACAUGUUCCUGACCUAAUCUUCUCACUGAAAUUGUGGACCAAAAACUGGGCUUUUAAAAUAAAAAUGGCUGAACUGUUCUCCCACCUUCUUGUGGGACAAAGACCAAAAACCAGCAAAACAUUACAUGCAAUUGUAUGCUUUAACCUUAACUAAAAACGCAAUAACAUGCCACAAAGAUGUACCGCAGUUUUGUUUUGAAUUGAGAGUUCAUGGUUUCUAAGUAUUUGAGACAUUAACACAUUUUAAUGAAAAUGUUGGAAUGUUGGUGUUUUUUUCCCCAUGAAACUUUCUCAAAUGAAAAAAGGAAUUCUUGAAAUAUUGAGAAAAGUGAUAACCAAUAAUGGAAUUCCAGCAGUUCACUGUGAGCCAAUUACUGUGUGUAUCAUUUUGACAGUGUGGAUCAAAAAUGCAUUGAGUGGUCUCAAUGGUUUUCUAAUGACAAUAUUGGUUUCUGGUGUUUUUACAUAGGGCUGAGAAUCCGAAGUAUGUUUUGUAAUAGUUUUGCAAAAGUCAGUGUCUUGUCAGUCUAUUAAAACAGUAAGUGUGAUCAAUGUUUUUCUAACCUUUUAAAUAUAUAUAAUUUAUAUAUAAUACCUGUAAAAUACAUUGAAAUAUUUAAAUAAAACUUGUAAAUAAAUCUU